AGCUUCUCGAGGGGCCGCACCCAUCGCUCUCCUAUUUUUCUAUCCCCACCCCCUCCCUUUCCACUCCUUCCUAUCCCCCCACGAACCUGCAGCGCACACACGAGAUCCGCAGCCGAGAGGGGAGCCCGUGAGGAAGUUCCAAGCGCCGGAGGAAAGGUACCGAGCAAGUUCGUGUAACAAAGGAGAGGAAAAAUGUCUACUGCUGAGGCAACCCGUGAGGAGAAUGUCUACAUGGCCAAGCUCGCCGAGCAGGCUGAGCGUUACGAGGAAAUGGUUGAAUUCAUGGAGAAGGUGGCCAAGACUGCCGAUGUCGGUGAGCUCACUGUUGAGGAGCGUAACCUACUUUCUGUGGCUUAUAAGAACGUGAUUGGUGCCCGGAGGGCAUCAUGGAGGAUCAUCUCAUCCAUUGAGCAGAAGGAGGAGAGCCGUGGGAACGAGGCCUAUGUCGCUUCAAUCAAGGAGUACCGUACCAGGAUUGAAACCGAGCUUAGCAAGAUCUGUGAUGGCAUCCUCAAGCUUCUGGACUCCCACCUUGUCCCCUCAGCCACUGCAGCUGAGUCCAAGGUGUUCUAUCUGAAAAUGAAGGGUGACUACCACAGGUACCUUGCGGAGUUUAAGGCCGGUGCUGAGAGGAAAGAAGCAGCAGAGAACACUCUCGUUGCAUACAAGUCAGCCCAGGACAUUGCACUCGCCGACUUGCCUACAACCCACCCGAUAAGGCUUGGGCUUGCGCUUAACUUCUCAGUGUUCUACUAUGAAAUUCUGAACUCGCCCGACCGUGCUUGCAAUCUUGCCAAGCAGGCAUUUGAUGAAGCUAUUGCUGAGCUGGACUCCCUUGGCGAGGAAUCUUACAAAGACAGCACCUUGAUCAUGCAACUUCUCCGUGAUAACUUGACUCUUUGGACCUCCGAUAACGCUGAUGAGGGUGGAGAUGAGAUCAAGGAAGCAUCGAAGCCUGAAGGAGAGGGUCACUAACUGGGCCUCAACCCUGCACAAGUUUAUUUCUGAGUCCAUUUACGCAGCUACCUGUAUUAUUCAGAUCAUAAGAUGUACUAGGGUCGGUUGCACUAUGUGAAUCAUAAGAUGUUUUAGGAUCGUGUUAUGCGAAGCGGGUCGAGCUGAAGUGACUAGAGUCAACAUCAUGUGGACAUCUUCGCUUCAGGAGCUGCGUUAUUAGUCCAUUAGCAGAUUUCAAACUAUUUCCUGUAUUGCAGCACAUUAUUAGUAUUGCUGUAUUAGCAAUUUUCAUUGGCUUGUUAUGAUUGAACAUACUGGCGUGAAUCACUGCAGAGUUGCUGCCUUUCGUUUU